CUGGAGCUGUAGCGGCCAAUAUGAAGGUCAGUCCGUUUUGGCCUCUGACCGGAGCACGAGCCGUAAGAGGCAUUUCAGUGCACCUUCCCACAUUCGCAGGAAGAUUAUGUCUUCCCCUCUUUUCAAGGAGCUGGGACAGAAGUACAACGUUUGAUCCAUGCCCAUCCGGAAGGACGAUGAAGUACAGGUUGUGCGAGGACACUACAAAGGUCAGCAAAUUGGCAAGGUAGUCCAGGUUUACAGGAAGAAAUACGUCAUCUGCAUGGAAGGAGUACAGGGAGAGAAGGCAAAUGGCACAACUGUCCACGUGGGCAUCCGCCCCAGCAAGGUGGUCAUCACUAGACUAAAACUGGACAAAGACCGCAAAAAGAUCCUUGAGUGCAAAGCCAAAUCUCACCAAAUAGGAAAGGAAAAGGGCAAAUAUAAGGAAGAAGCAAUUGAGAAGGUGCAGGAAUAAAGUA